ACCUACACACAUGCUUCACUUCCUCCCCAGAGCCCGGUCGGGUGAAGACAGCAUGGGCGUCUGCGAGCAGUGAGGAUGGAGAAGAGAGUGUGUGUGAUCCAGACUGACUUCCACCAGUACAGACCCACCAUCGCCAUCCACAGCAAACCUCUGGCACAUGUUGCGUCUCUGUCAUUGCAGCAGCACAUUCAGACACAGGAGGCAGGGAUGAGGGAGAGAGAGGAGCUGAGGAGAGCCAUAGAGCAGAGUGACCGACUCCUCUCCAAGGUCCGCGAGCUGGAGGAGCAGAACGCCCAGCUGAACAAGGAAAAGAAUGAGGUGGCCACUAAAUACCAAACUGAGCAGGAGAGCGCCCAGGCGUCUGAGCAGCGUUGCGCCCAGCUGGAGAAAGCCAGGCGUGGGCUGGAGCUGCAGGUCUCCGGCCUGUCGGAGCGUCUGGAGGAGGAGGAGGCGUGCUCAGCCCAGCUGGCCCUGCACAGGGACAGGCUGGAGGCCGAGUGCAGCAGCCUCAGACGCGACCUGGACGAACUGGACAUUGCCCUGACUGCUGCCGAGAGGGACAAACAGUCGUCAGACAGUGAGGUGACGAAGCUGUCGGAGGAGCUUUCUCAGAGGGACGAGCUGGUGCAGAAGCUCCAGCAGGAGAAGGAACAUCUGGUGGAGCUCAGCCAGCAGGCCAUCGAGGACUUGCAGAGGGAAGAGGAGAAGGUGAACCUGCUGACCAAGGAGAGGGCUCAGCUACAAAUGCAAGCUGAGGAUUUUGAGUACCAGUUGGAGCAGGAGCGGCGUCAGCGUGGUGAGCUGGAGAAAAGCAGGAGGAAGCUGGAGGGUGACAGCAGAUCCACCCUGGAGAGUCUGGGAGAGAUGGAGAAGAUGAGGAGCGGCCUGGAGGACCUCAUCAAAAAGAGAGACCUUGAGAUCAGCAGCACCAGCUCCAAGCUGGAGGCAGAGGAAGCGUUCAACAUCGGGCUGCAGAGGAAGACCAAGGAGCAGCAGGCCCGUAUUGAGGAGCUGGAGGAGGAGCUGGAAGCCGAGCGGGCCAUGAGAGCCAAGGUGGAGAAGCAGAGAGCAGACCUAAACAGAGAACUGGAUGAUCUUACUGACCGCCUGGAGGAGGCAGGAGGUGUUACUGCCUCACAGAUGGAGGUGAACAAGAAGCGAGAGGCUGAGCUCCAGCGUUUAAGGCGGGACCUAGAGGAGUCUUCUGUCCAAUCGGAAGCUCUGGCUGCAUCGCUACGGAAACGGCACAGCGAUGCGAUGGUGGAGCUGGGUGAGCAGUGUGAAGGUCUGCAGCGGGCCAGGGCCAAACUGGAGAAGGAGAAGCACAACCUGAGGAUGGAGGUGGAGGACCUGGCUGCGUCCUUGGACACUCUGCAAAAAGCAAAGGCGUCUACAGACAACCAGCUGAAGAAGCUGGAAGAGCAGCUGUCAGAAGCCCACAGCAGAGGAGAUGACCUGCAGAGGGCGCUCACAGAGGUUAACGUGGCCAAGAACAGACUCACAGCUGAUAAUGCAGACCUGAGUCGACAGCUGGAGGAGGCAGAGAGCAGGGCCAGUCAGCUCAGCCGCUCCAAGACACAGAUCCAAUCACAACACGAAGAACUGAAGAAACAACUGGACGAGGAGGUCAAGAGUAAGCAGGCAGCCAGCAGCCUUCUGAGCUCGGUGCGGCAGGAGUGCGAGGUGCUGAAGGAGCAGCUGGAGGAGGAGCAGGAGAGCAAGCUGGAGCUGCAGCGCCUCGUCUCCAAGCUCAACAGUGAGGUGACACACUGGAGGACCAAACACGAGGCCGACACCAUCCAGCAUGCCGACGAACUGGAGGAGGCCAAGAAGAAGCUGGCGUCUCGGCUGCAGGAGGCUGAGGAGGCCGUGGAAGCCACACAGGCCAAAUGUUCCUCUCUGGAGAAAACCAAGCAGAGGCUGCAGGGAGAGGUGGAGGAUCUCUGCAUAGACCUGGAGAAGGCCAGUAGCUGUGGCCAGGCUCUCGACAAGAAGCAGCGAGUCCUGGAGAAGCAGCUCGGAGACUGGAAGCAGAAGUGCGAGGAGCUGGUGGCGGAGGUGGAGAGCUGCCAGAAGGAGAGCAGGCAACAUGCCACCGAGCUCUUCAAAAUCAAAACGGCCCAUGAAGAGGCUCUGGAGCAGCUAGAGGCCCUGCGCAGGGAGAACAAGGCCUACCAGGAGGAAAUAGCUGACCUUACAGACCAGCUCUCAGAUGGAGGUAAGAGUGUCCAUGAGCUCCAGAAAGCAAAGAAGAAGAUUGAGAUGGAGAAGGAGGAGUUGCAGGCCUCGCUGGAAGAGUCUGAGGCUGCCUUAGAGGUCGAGGAGACCAAGGUGUUGAGGCUCCAGCUGGAGUUGUCUCAGGCUAAGGGCGACCUGGAGCGCAGACUGCAGGAGAAAGAGGAGGAGAUUGAAGCUGCCAGAAAAAGCCACCAGAGGGCACUAGAGUCCCUGCAGGCCAGUCUGGAUGUGGAAGUGAAAGGCCGAGCCGAGGGACUGAAGCUGAAGAAGAAACUGGAGGCCGAUGUCAACGAACUGGAGCUUCAGGUCGACCUGCUCACCAAGAACAAUGCAGAGCUCAGCAAGAAUGGCAAGAAGAUGCAACAGCAGAUUAAGGAGCUGCAGGCUCAGCUGGAGGAGGAGGUGCGAAACCACGAGGAGCGCAGGGAAGAGCAGGCAGCUCUGGAACGCCGCUGCCUCCUGCUGGUCAGUGAGGGGGAGGAGACGCGCGUCGCACUGGAGAACGCAGAGAGGGCCCGCAAGACACUGGAGACGGACCUGCAGGAGGCUGGUGAGAAAUACAGCGACCUCAACAACCAGUUCCAGUCAGCUCUGAGUGGGAGGAGGAAGCUGGAGGUGGAUCUCCAGACUCUACAGCAGGAGCACGAGGAGCUGCAGAGCGAGCUGAGAGGAUCCACAGACAAGGUCAAGAAGGCCAGCUGUGAGUCGGCACGAGUGGCGGAGGAAUUGCGUCUGGAGCAAGAACACACACUACACUUGGAGAGGGUGAAGAAGGGGCUGGAGGCCCAAAUCAAAGACAUGAGCAGCAGACUGGACGAAGCUGAACAGAUGGCUCUCAAAGGAGGCAAGAAGAUCAUCCAGAAACUGGAGGGAAAGGUGAAGGAGCUGGAGCUGGAACUGGACUCUGAGCAGAAGCGCCACGCAGAGACUGUGAAGACGCUGCGCAAGAACGAGCGUCGCCUGAAGGAGCUGCUGUUCCAGACAGAGGAGGACCAGAAGAACCAGCAGCGCAUGCAGGACCUGGUGGAGAGGCUGCAGAACAAAAUGAAGGCCUACAAGAGACAAGUGGAAGAGGCCGAGGAGCAAGCUAACAUGAACCUGGCCAAGUACAGGAAGACCGUCCACGAGCUGGACGACGCCGAGGAGCGAGCUGACAUUGCCGAGUCAGCGCUCACCAAGAUCAGGACGAAGAACCGAGGCAGCUUUGGGAAAGGAUACUCCUCUGGUUACAGCACACCUUACCCUGGGCUGGUGAGGUCACCCAGCUCUGUGGGAUCAGAGGGCAGGGGGGAGAAGAUCCUCAACGACGACAACGAGUCCGUCAGCUCUCUCAUCCCAGCAUAUCUCAACUCCCUCAAGAAACUUAUGAUUGAGUAGAAGACACAACAACCAGGAUUUCAGAAUACAACGCCACUUCUUCAGAGGUGCUAUGUCACGCCAGCUCUUUUAUAAUAGUGAAGAGAUGGUGUGAAGCUUCAUGUUUCAGAGAGGCAACAUCGACAUUCAGUGCCCAUGACCUUUUUGUGUUUACUGCACAUUCCCAUUGGAUUGAAAGCUAUCUAAAAUGUACUCACUUAUUUUUGUCUGUCUAAUAACUUAGUCUUUAAGGUUAUGGAUCUAACAACAGACUCCAACUUUAAUCCAACACAGUUUUAUAUCCUGUUGUUAAUGUAAUAUUUGUGUGUAAAAUAGAUUGAUAAUGGAAAACUGUACCUGAUACUGUCAGGCAGAAAGUUUUCUAAAUUCCCACUCUUUUUCACCCACUGAAUGUGCCUUACCCAGUAAAAAUUAUGUGUCAUCAGUUAUAAGGGGGCAUUUAGUUCAUUAAUAUGAAAUGCAAUAACAAUGUAUUCUAUCUAAAUAAUUUGAAAGGGUCAAAGCUGAUCACUUUGCUGAACCUUUAACCACAUCUUUAUUAUGACUGCUAAACUUGCAACAAGGCUUGACCAAACCAUUUUAUUGUUGAAUGUAAAAAUAUGUUUUUUAUGAAAUAAAACACUUUUUCUUUCAUUGUAUUUCUUCUUGUACUUUCCCAUUCUCAUUGUCAACAGAAUUCCACUUAUGUUGUACA